CUACUAGAUUUCUAGGGCCCUUAGGGGUCAUCCGUUCCAUCCCCCUCUCUUUGUAGAUGGGGAAACUGAGGUCCUUGGGGGCGCUGAGCCUUGCUCAAGGUCAGACAGGGCUCCUGGGGGAGUGAGGGCCAUGAACCCCCCUGGGGGACAGACCUCCCAGCAAGCUGAGCCCUGGGGAAGAAGGUCCCGGAGACCCCGAGAACAGGACCGAGAUGUACGGCUUUCCAAGGCUCUGUCCUACGCCCUGCGCCAUGGGGCCACUAAGAUGGGGCUGCCCAUGGGCUCAGAUGGCUUUGUCCCCUUGGAUGCCCUCCUGCAGCUGCCCCAGUUCCGGGGCUUCUCCUUGGAGGACGUGUACCGAGUGGUGGAAACCAAUGAAAAGCAGCGGUUUGCCUUGCGCCCUGGGCCCCCGGGCUCUUGUGCGUCCAUUCGAGCCAACCAAGGUCACUCUCUGCAGGUGACCGACCUGGAGCUGAUGCCCCUGAGAACCCCCGAAGACCUGCCCCCCACUCUGGUCCACGGAACGUACUGGCGCCGCUGGCCCUCCAUCCGUCGGGAGGGUCUGUCUCGUCGUGGGAGAACCCACAUCCACCUGUCCCCUGGCCUGCCUGGGGAGCCCCAUGUCCUCAGUGGCAUGCGGCAGGACUGUGAGGUGGCCGUGCUCAUCAAUGGGCCCUUGGCCCUGGCUGAGGGCAUCCUGUUCUUCCGCUCAGCUAAUGGGGUGAUCUUGACCCCAGGGGAUGCCAGGGGGUUCUUGCCUCCCAAGUACUUCAAAGAAGCCCUGCAGCUGGGCUCCCCAAGGAGGCCUCUUUCUCUGGCUGAAGAGGAGACAGAGGGUCAGAGCAGUCGAUAGGGUACCUCGACCAACAACUGAAGAAGGAGCAUGGGAAGUGUCCAAGUAUGAAAUAUUUAUUUAUAAAAAGACAAAUAAAAACUGAUAA